GUAAAUAAACUCAUGGGGAUGUGCACUUUUUCUUACAUUCAUUCGGGAGCUUUUUCAUAUCUUAUCUUUACUAAUAGCUUUUUCAUUGAGUAAUACUCCUUGGUCACAAUUUAAACGAUGGUUGAUAAACACUUUGUUGAGGGAUUUGAGGAUUUCAUGAAAUUCGUUAAAGAUUUUAAAGCAGAAGAGAAAGUUGUAAACAUUUUAUUCACCGGCAAAAAGGAUGAAAAAGGAGUGUCAUGGUGUCCAGAUUGCAAUGAAGCUGAACCAUUCAUUGAAGAUGCUUUAGACAAAUAUGGGGAAGGAACUGUUUUAAUAACAGUUGAAGUUGGUGACAGAACAUUUUGGAAAGAUAUUAACAAUCCAUUCCGCAAAGAUAAAGACUGUCAUUUAUCUGUGAUUCCAACUUUAGUUCGAUGGAAACAUCAACAAAGAUUAGAAGGUGAACAACUGCUCAAACCAGAAUUGCUGCAAAUGUUCUUUGCUGAUGAAGACGAUUGAAUUUAAUUUCUUUUUUGUUUAUAAAAAUAAAGUUUAUUAUCUUUUUCUUCGAACA